AUGAACUAUGACUAUACCGGUGCAAGAGUCCCUGGCGCGAGGAGAGAGAAGUUGAAAGGAUAUUUGAAAGCUGCCAACGAGCUGAGACAGUCCUACCAGGACACUUUUCAACAGAAGCUCCAAGCCGAGAAUGGCGAGGCAGGCAAUUUCCAAGAUGUCGAAAUUGUACGGCGUGGAGAUGAGGAGAUGGUCCUUUUCCCUAGCUACGCCCGCAGGCACGUCAGACGAAUGAACUCCGAGGCGGAAAGGAGCCAACCAGGCUCUUACAGCGAUCCUGCAGCUCCUGUAAGCAGUGGUGACGCAGACUACUGGAAGCGCGAGUGGGAGAGGUAUGAGGAUGCCAACGCAAUAGUUGAUGUGGAUGUUCGAGGCUGGAUAUUUGCUCCUCAGAAAGGGCCCAUGUCACGGAGGAAUAGGCUUAUCAUCGCAGUCGCCCGCAGGCUCAGCGGCAUCCCUGCCCCAAGUCCAGUGUCAAGCAGAUCUAAUAGUCCUCACCCAUCGGACGCUACAACGAAGAAUGAGGAAGCAGCCGCGGCUCUCGAAGCAGAGAACCUUGCUCAACGGGGACAAAAAGAGGCCGAUGCUGCAUGGAGAGGGAGUUACAGCACUCAGUAUCGUGACAGCCCGAGUAGCAGCAGAUCGAGCUCCCCUACUCGAUCCACUCGUGGCAGGGCGGCCAACCUUCCUACGUUUGAUGCAGACGGCGAGGUCAACAAGCGGGCAUCAUGGAACAGUCAGUCUUUCAUGAACAGGGAAGAACUUCUCAAAGCCAACGAUCUGUUGAUGACGAGGCUGAGGCCCUUCCUCACGUCGCCUUUAGCAAAUACAACCAUCACGGUUUUCUUUUUCAACGAUCGGAAGUCCUCCUCGAAAUCUGUCACGACGAAUGAUUCCGGGCAUUUCAAUGUCCGAGCAGCUCUGGACUUCGUCCCCACGCAAGUGCGAGUCCUGGCCUCGGAAGACCUCUCCGCCACGGAAGAUGUGAUCAUUACCGAGUCCAACGGCGUCAGCCUCAUAAGCGAUGUGGAUGACACUAUCAAACACUCUGCAAUAGCUGGUGGUGUCAAGGAGAUCUUCAAGAACACAUUCGUGCGAGAACUGGGAGAGCUGACAAUCAAAGGAGUCCGAGAAUGGUACAGCAAAAUGGCUUCGUUAGGCGUGCAAAUGCACUACGUUUCGAAUUCGCCGUGGCAGCUGUACCCGUUGCUGAAGAGCUACUUUUCGCUGGCGGGCUUACCACCAGGCUCAUUCCACCUGAAAGAGUACUCCGGCAUGCUGCAAGGUAUAUUCGAGCCGGCCGCCGAACGGAAACGAGGAUCUCUCGAUCGGAUCAUGAAUGAUUUUCCAGAUAGGAAAUUUGUUCUCGUGGGUGACAGCGGCGAAGCGGAUUUGGAGGUCUAUACCGAUGUAGUCCUCGCGCACCCCGGACGGGUACUGGGUGUGUUCAUUCGGGAUGUCACCACGCCGAUGCAGAAAGGCUUCUUUGACCAGUCGGCUAUUCCUUUACCGGAGUCAAUAUCUGGUCAGCACGGUGAGCAAUCAGAUGCCGUCGUGGAUAGGCCAACGCUGCCAAUGCGACCUAGUGUGCAGGAUGCGAACAGAUCUUCAGCACAGGGGGAUCUCAUAGACUUUUCGGAUGAGCCGGACACGCAUUCUUUGCAUGAGGCAAAGUCAACAUCCUAUGCGGACGACCUGCGCCGGCUGGAGUCUUCAAAGACGACCGCUAGCAAUGGACAGCCCCCAGCGCGUCCUGCGAAGCCAUCAAAUCUUCGCAACUUCUCCAAUCAGUCACCAACACCAGAAGCCGGAAUGGAGAAGAGGCAACAGCAGUCAGACAUGGGAGAGGCCAAGAAGGUGCCACCUCCGCCAAAACCUCGAAGGUCAUCGAAGUCAGUUACUACGCCAGAUUUCACACCUGGAAAUGCACAGCGACCACAGCCCGAACGGUACUACAGUUCUCCAAGAGUUGGACACACUGAUGACCUUCCGAGACCACCACCCAUAGGACGAACACCAACCAACCUGAGUAUGAGGUCAGCCAACUCCACUAAUUCAGCCUAUUCUGCUCAGUCUGGCUACGGAGAAGAAGGCUAUGUUGCAGCGGCGCAACGCAAAUUCAACACAGCAUACAAUGCGCUCCCCAAUAUUCGGUCUCAAUCACGCGAACGAGGGGAGGGUGCACCGCCUGUACCCCCUCGACGAGGCAUCACAGGAGUCCCAUCAGCGGCUGCUCGAUGGGCCACCGGCGCAACUGGCGGCGAUCCUCAGGCCGGCGGGGAUGGUGGUGCACCAGGCGCUCCGUAUGAUAAGAAGGAGGAAAUGUGGAAGCGCCGCUGGGCUCGUGCCGAAGACAUCAUGCAGCGGCAACGGGUUGUACUCCGAACAUGGCGCGUAGGAACUGACGUGAUGGAAGAAUGCGUCCGACUUGUGGAGAGGGAAUUUCGUGAGCAGCGCUCUCGCUCUCGCUCGGACCGGAAAACUAGUAAUUCAGGGUCUAGCUCCACCACGCGGUGA